UUUUUUUCAUAGUUUAUCCUUCAAUUAUUGUAUCAGAGUAAUCAUUUUCCUUUCCUUUAAAUAAAGUGGUAACAAAAAGUACUUUAGUGCAACACUUCGUAGUGGAAAAAUAAUUGAAGAUAGAGUUGACUUAGAUUAAUCGUGUAAAAUACCAGCUUUGAUAAGGCCUGAAUCACUUGUAUCAAGUUUCCUAUCCAAAGCUGAAAUGAUUAUUCUCCUACAUGUUUGGUUUAAAACAAAGAAACAAGUUGUGUUGAUAUACUACUUAUGGGUAUGGUGGAGUACUAGUUUUUGUGUUAAAGCAAGAAAUGAUAGUUUGAAGGCAGGUGAAAGAUUGGAUGCCAACUCCGCUCUAUGCUCUAAGCAAGGCAGGUAUUGUCUAUCAUUCGGUGAAAUAUUUCAUGGAAAAUUAGAUAACGGAGAUAAUUACAAUUACUUGAUUAUUGUAAAUAUGGCUAAUUUCAAUUAUGGAUCAGUAAUAUGGAUAUAUGAUAGUAACCAACCAAUUGAUAUCAGUUCAGCGGUUUUAUCUCUAAACUACUCUGGUGUGCUCAAAAUUGAAUUUCAACAUAGAAAAGAAAUAAUCAUUUACUCUUCAUCCCAACCUAUAAACAAUACUUUGGCUACUAUGCUAGACACAGGUAACUUUGUACUCGAACAACUUCACCCCAAUGGAAUAAAGAGUUUACUGUGGCAAAGUUUUGAUUUUCCUUCAGCCGUUUUGGUCCCAACAAUGAAGUUAGGUGUUAACCGAAAAACUGGACAUAAUUGGUCAUUAGUUUCUUGGUUGACUAAUUCGCGACCAUCUUCUGGUGGAUUUAGUCUCGAAUGGGAACCAAAAGAAAGGGAAUUGAACAUUAAGAGACGCGGGAUAGUGUAUUGGAAAAGCGGAAAACUUGCAAAUAAUGGAUUGUUCGACAACAUUCCAGCAAAUGUUCAACAAAAUUAUCAAUACGUUAUCAUCUCUAACAAGGAUGAAGAUUCUUUUAGUUUUGAAAUUAAAAACCAGAAUUAUAAGAUGUCCCCAGAGUGGUAUCUAUCCUCUUCGGGCAGCCUCAUGAAUUUGGAAAGAGAGUUGGGUAAUGCAGAUAUUUGUUAUGGAUAUAAUAGUGAUAGAGGAUGCCAAAAAUGGGAGGAUAUACCAACUUGCAGGAUGCCUGGUGAGGUGUUUGAGAGAAAGAUGGGCAGACCCAACACUUACUAUGCUAACUUCCUAGACAAUGUGAGUUAUGGUUACAGUGAUUGCAAGUUGAGUUGUUGGAGAAAUUGUAGUUGCAAUGGAUUCCAAGAAUAUUAUGGUAAUGGAACUGGAUGUAUAUUUUAUUCAUGGAAUUCUACACAAGAUGUUGAUUGGGAGGCUGACUUUAAAUUUUACAAAUUGAAAAAGCCAGUAAAGUCAGACCCAAAUCACCAUGUCAAUGCAGGUAAAAGAAGGAGGAUAUGGAUAAGUGCAGCAAUAGCAACUGCUUUACUCAUAAUAUGCUCACUCGUUCUAUGCAUAACAAUAAAGAAACACAAAUAUGGACUUAAAGAGAAGAAAGUUAUAGAAAAGGAGACUGAGAUGCAAGAGUUGGCCGCUUCCAAUGAAUUAUAUAGUAUUAAAGAUCUUAAAGAUGACUUCAAGGAACAUGAUAUAAAAGUUUUUAGCUAUGCAUCAAUUUUGGAAGCAACCAUGGACUUUUCUCCCGAAAACAAGUUAGGACAGGGAGGCUAUGGACCCGUUUAUGAGGGAAUCUUGGCAACCGGGCAAAAAGUUGCUGUAAAAAGACUUUCAAAAACAUCUGGACAAGGAAUUAUUGAAUUCAAAAAUGAAUUGGUACUGAUAUGCGAACUUCAACACACAAAUCUUGUGCAACUACUUGGUUGUUGUAUUCAUGAAGAAGAAAGGAUUCUCAUCUACGAAUAUAUGCCAAACAAAAGCUUGGAUUUCUAUCUAUUCGAUUCUACAAAAAGAAAACUACUCGAUUGGAAGAAGCGCUUCAACAUUAUAGAAGGAAUUUCUCAGGCAUUACUCUAUCUUCAUAAAUAUUCAAGACUAAAAAUUAUUCAUAGAGACUUGAAAGCGAGCAACAUACUUCUUGAUGAGAAUAUGAAUCCAAAAAUUUCUGAUUUUGGCAUGGCAAGAAUGUUCACACAACAGGAAUCCACAGUAAAUACCAACAGGAUUGUCGGCACAUAUGGAUAUAUGUCUCCAGAAUACGCUAUGGAAGGAAUUUGUUCUACAAAGUCUGAUGUUUAUAGCUUUGGAGUGUUGCUGCUUGAAAUUGUUUGUGGAAGAAAAAACAACAGCUUCUAUGACGAUGAUCAUCCAAUAAAUCUAAUAGGACAUGCAUGGGAGCUAUGGAAUGAUGGUGAGUAUAUGCAGCUAAUGGAUCCAUCAUUAAAUGAUUCCUUUGUUCCCGAUGAAGUGAAAAGAUGCAUUCAUGUUGGUCUCUUAUGUGUAGAACAAUAUGCAAAUGAUCGACCUACAAUGUCUGAUGUUAUAUCAAUGUUGACAAACAAAUAUGAACAUGUUACUUUACCGACAAGACCAGCAUUCUAUGUUAGAAGAGAUAUAUCCCCAGAGAAAACAACUUCAAAAGUUCUGGACACUGAGACCUAUUCUACGUCCAUAAUUUCCUCAGAAGUAAAAAGGAAAUAAGUAAGUUUAUUUAGUAUACAUUUAAAAUUUUUGAGUACUAUGAAAACUACAUAACUUUCCUUUCUAAAAUCUUAGUCAACUCCAAAUUUAUGUAAAUAGCAUUUAUUAUAUAUUUGUUGUCUUUUUUCCCUUACAAUUUUGUGUAAUUAGCAUCUACUAUAUAUUUGUUGUCUCUUUUCCUUUUCAAUUUUAUGGGUAGAUAUAACAAAUAUUGACAUGUGGGAAGUAAUUUAUAAUGAAGUGAUCAUUAGUGAAUUGGCUCUAAUGUGAUUUUUCUUUGGAGUAUUUCUAAAAAAAAAUUUAGAUUUUUUGUUUGUUAAAACAUUGCUUUAGAGUUUAUCAUAUGUUUCAAUAGUGUUAGAUUUGUAUCAUAGUCAAUAUCUUUGAAUAUCUAUUAUUACAUUUUAACCAGGGCUAAUAUUAACAUUAUUACAUCUUAACAAGGGUUGGCCCGAUGAAACUGUUUGUCAAAUUUGUUUUUAUUCAGAGCACACAUCAAAUAACAAAUAGGAUCAAUAUCUUAAUCAUAUUUACACAAAAUUUUGUUAUCUUCAAAACAUCUAAACUAUUUUUCUACAACAUGACAGUACAUUCUUGGCAGCAAUUUGACAAUGCCACUCCUAAGCCCUCGAAUUCGCGAAUAUGGCUGUAGUUAAGAUGAGAGAACUAAGAUAUAAUUUAUGCUCAGAAGGGUUUAUUUCUUGAUUUUGAACAAAUUAUUUCGAAUAAUGAACUUCUCAAACUAUUCUUUGAAUUUAGAAAAGUGAGGAAGAUAAGAUCAUUUGAUUUUAGAACUAAUAAAUCUCAUUAGAAUAUAAUUUGUUUAGAGUAAUUGCAU